AUGUCCGACCCGCCGUUUACGGUCAAGGCUCUUUUCGAUUACACGUCAGAGCACGACGAUGACCUCAAUUUCCACAUAAGCCAGGUCAUCACGGUCACCGCCGAAGAGGAUGACGACUGGUAUUACGGCGAGUAUGUCGCCGACUCUGGUGAGAAGAAAGAGGGCAUCUUCCCGCGCAAUUUUGUCGAGAGAUAUGAACCUACUGCUCCUCCACGGCCCACGCGCCCUACGAGGGCCAAAAAGGAGUCUGAAGCGGCUCCCCCGCCGCCGCCGCCAGAGCCAGUUGUCGAACAACCAGCCCCUGUAGAGGAGCCGGAGGAUAGCCCGGUUGAGGAGGAGGAGAAUGAGCCGGAGCCAGAACCAGUGCCAGUGCCGGUCAGACAGCCUUCUUUGAAAAAAGAUGCAUCACCUCCUCCGCCCCCUGCUGCUCCUGUCCCUGCUCCCGAAGCGGCCGCUCCACCCCAGAAACAGCCAGAGCCGCAACAAGCAUCUACUACCAAGGCCCCUCCACCACCCGUGUCCAGCAAGCCGAGCGGCAAUUCAUUCAGAGAUCGCAUUGCUGCCUUUAACAAACCAGCUGCCGCCCCAAUCACCCCCUUUAAACCAGGUGGGCUGAGUGGUUCCAGCUUCAUCAAGAAACCAUUCGUCGCCCCCCCUCCGAGCAAGGAUGCCUACGUUCCUCCUCCAAGGGAGCCCCCGCCAAAAAUAUAUCGCCGGAACGAAGAUCCAGAGGUUGUCAAUAGAGAGCCACCUGUUUCGGAAGCUUCGCAGCUGCCACCCGCUGCUGCGGAACCAUCUGAAACUGAAGAAGAUCAACCAAAACCUACCAGUUUGAAGGAGAGAAUUGCGCUUCUACAGAAACAACAAAUGGAACAGGCUUCUCGUCUGGCCGACGCUGCUCAGAAGAAAGAGAAGCCAAAGAGGCCAUCCAAGAAGCGGACUGAAUCCGAGGAUGCCGCGACGACUCUGGCGAUUACGGAGGGUGCUGACCUGGAACGCACCGACAGUCUUCAGACUCCUCGAGAUGAGCAUGCAGUUGUAGAUACCGAUGAUUUGGAGGAGUCAAGACCACAACAACUUGCUAGUCCACCGCAGCCCUCCAGAGAGCUUGUUAGCGAUACAAACGAUGCUGAUUACUCAGGAGCUGGUGACACUGAAGAUGCAGAGGAGACUUCGACUAGCAAGGAAGACUUUGACGAGCGACUUCCGCGCAAAUCCGCAGCAGCUGCGGACCAAACAGGUGGCGAAGAUGACAGUGAUGAAAAGGAAGAGGAAGAAGAGGAUCCUGACGAGGAGAACGAGGACCCCGAGGUAAAGAGGAAAAUGGAACUCAGAGCCCGAAUGGCAAAGAUGAGCGGUGGUAUGGGUAUGAUGGGUAUGUUUGGGGGUGGUAUGCCCGGCAUGUAUGGACAAGGAGCCCCAAAGAAGACGAAACCGUCCCAGGAUGCUGAAGAUACUGUCGAUGAGCCUGAUCGUUCCGCGCCUCCCAGCCAGGCACCUCCAGUUCCGAUUAUGGCGUUGCCGGGCAUGAAUGUUCCAAAAUCUGAAUCCCUGUCUUCACCAAAGGCAGAGAAAGAAGAGGAGUCAGCCAAUGCUCCAAUUACACAGCUGCAUUCCGCUGAAGAGGUACCGGAUAUCGAGGAUGUGACAGAGGGCGAGCCAGCACCUCGGAAAUCGACCGAUAGAGCUCCUCCGCCUCCACCACCUCAAGAGCGUGCUGUACCACCUUUGCCUCCAACAGAAAGUCGGCCUCCUCCGCCUCCUGUUCCUGCAGCUCCUCUUGAUUCACGGCCCGUACCCCCACCGCCCCAGUCUGUGGCUUCUUUAAGCCCAGGUUCAGAAUCCGAUGACGAACUCUCGGUUAACACCAAGAACUUGUCGCUGAAUGAAGUGGUCUCUGGAGGACCUGCCCCUGACGCUCCUCCCCCGCCCCCGCGUCGUUCGUCGACAUUUGAUUCUCCUAGGUCCCCGACAUUGUCAGACAAGCGUUUCAGUCGCGGACCUCCUCCAAUUCCAGCCAACCCACCUCAACCAUCGUCGCCACCACAGGCUCGGCCACCUCCUCCCCCGCCCCCUGGUGCCUUAAGUCGACAAGGUACAUCACAUAGCGUGACCCAAUCUUCUGUUGCAGCGAAUGAUGAAAGCCAAGACGAGACCACCGAAUAUGAAGCUGAUUACGAUACCGAUAUCGCGUCUGGUGUAAAGCACAAAGAUGCACUGAAAGCUCAUGACCGACAUUCUAGUUUCGGUGAUGGAGGCGAGGAGGCGUCCCUCCAAUCUCCACGAGAUACCCGCCCUCCUCCCCCCCUUCCGCCAACGGUUCCCCAAGCAGUACCGCCUCCGCCACCAAGUCAGCCCCCUAAGAGAGCAUCAAUGGAUAUCCCAAGGGCUGCACCCCCUCCUCCUCCACCUCCUGUUGCGAAGGACCGGUUUGCCGAGGAGGAAGAGGGGCGUGCCAGCGACGAUGAAGAGUACGACCCCUACCGAUACAAUUCUCCUCAGUCUAGGUUACCCCCUCCGCCUCCUCCGCCUGUCCAAGUACCGGCUUCUAAGGAUGUACACGACGACCUUUAUGAUGCUUCUCCUACUUUGCCUCAGGCGCCCCCUCCGCCGCGCCCCGACAGAGCUGCUGCUCCUCCGCCUCCGCCUCCGACAACAGAUGCACUGCCAACGCGAGGACGGCCAAGCCUUGACGUAUCUAGGAGUCAAGCUAAUACUCGUCGAUCAAUGGACGUUGCCCGGCCUUCGAUAGAUGUGGGAUUCAUCGCAACAGAUGUGGACUUGGCUGAGAGCAGUUUCUGGUGGACCCAGCCUAAUACCCCGCCGCCAGCAUUCCAGGGUCGGAAGGAUGUGAUAUAUGAGGUAGAGGAGUCAACUUCGACAAAGCGAGGUGGCAAGACUACGGUUAGCAAGGAUGUUUACGUGCUAUUUACAGACUACUCCCAGACCAUCAUCAACGCUCAGUUCGACGCCAAAAACCCAAGUGACGUCUCUCUUGAGCAGCGACAUGAGGGUCCUCCGAACCGAUUACGACAGGAUCAACUAGAAGCUGCUCACGAGCAAUAUGGAAAGCGCAUUUCGGCCGCCAUCAACUCCAUUCAGAAUACGACAGUUGGAGAUGGUACACCUCACGGUUUGAUCCAGUAUUUGCUUAACCCUCUCACCGACGCCCUCGCCCCUGUCGGAGGACGAAGCUACGGUGCCUUGGUCUACGCAAACUUGGCCAAUGCGUCUAUCCAACAGAGCGAUGAAAUCCGCGCGGGAGAUAUCGUUAGCUUCCGCAAUACACGGUUCCAGGGCCACCGCGGCUCCCUACAUCAGAAGUACAACUCCGAGGUUGGAAAGCCCGAUCAUGUCGGCGUCAUCGUGGACUGGGACGGCACUAAAAAGAAGAUCCACGCUUGGGAGCAAGGCCGCGAGAGCAAGAAAGUGAAGCCCGAAAGCUUCAAGCUGGGCGAUCUCAAAAGCGGCGAGGUCAAAGUCUGGCGCGUUAUGCCUAGAAGCUGGGUCGGCUGGGAUGACUCCAAGCAAUGA